AAAAAAAAAAGAUUACUACAGAGCGAGAGGAUAUCCUCCCCUCCUUAUCCACAUGUGUACCCUCCCCUCUUCUCUCCAUCUCUCAUCAUUUUCUCUUUCUACACUUAUUUCUUCAAUCCUCACACAUGCAUGCCUUGUUUUCAAAAUUGGAUUUUUCUUGAUUUUUAACAAGAAAAGCCAUUGAUACAGCGACAGGAAUACCGGGUUCUUCAUUGUUCAGACCUACCUUUAUUUUAGCAAGAAUUGAACCCCUCUCCCCAUGUGUUUUCUUUAUUAUUUUCUUAGUUUUUUUUUUAAUUUUUUUAAACAAGAAGAAUUGUCUGUUAGGGUGAAGCCAAAGGAGGGAAGGAGGUGAGGAUUUCUAGGGGUUUAAUGCAAUCAAGGAAUUUAUUCCACUCUCUCUAGCUAGUUCUAUCAUAAUUUCCAUCUCCUUUGUCCAUAUUUACAGUCACCUAUUUGAACAUCUUUUUUUCUCAGCUACUUGGAUCUAUGUGAUUUGUCAUUAGCUAGAUCUCACUCUUUCACCACUUUGUUUUCGCACAAAGAUCACAACUUUUUUCUACUAGCUCUCAUAUAUAGGCUUGUACAUCUGCUUGACUUCUGGUGAUGAUGAAAGAUAUGAAGAUGAUGAUUCAUCAACCCAACAACCUGCAGACAGCUUUGGAUAAUCAAGAAAACAUGUCUAAUGUAACCUCCACUGCAUCUGGUGAAGCAAGUGUGUCUUCUACCAAUGGAGGAGGUGGAGGAGGAGUAGGAUUCUAUCCCCAACACUAUUUUUCCAACAGUACUAAUAACAAUAACACCAUAGCUGCUCAAACUCAACCCCAGCAGCAACUCAAGAGGAAAAGAAACCAACCAGGCAACCCAGACCCGGAUGCAGAAGUGGUAGCUAUGUCACCAAAGAGCCUGAUGGCAACAAACAGAUUUGUAUGUGAAAUAUGCAACAAAGGGUUUCAGAGGGACCAGAAUCUGCAGCUUCACAGGAGAGGGCACAAUCUUCCAUGGAAGCUGAAGCAAAGAAGCAGCAAAGAUAUUGUGAGGAAGAAAGUGUAUGUCUGCCCAGAAACUAGCUGUGUCCACCAUGACCCUUCUCGUGCCCUCGGGGACCUCACUGGUAUCAAAAAGCACUUUUCCAGAAAACAUGGCGAGAAAAAGUGGAAAUGUCCUAAAUGUUCUAAACGAUAUGCUGUUCAAUCUGAUUGCAAAGCUCACUCUAAAACCUGUGGAACAAGAGAGUAUAGAUGCGAUUGUGGAACCCUUUUUUCAAGGUAUGUAUUUUUGAAUUGUAUUGGAUCUAUAUAAAUAAAUGCUUCAGUUUCUUGAAAGAUUUCAUUUUUAUGUCAUUUAAAUUUCAGGAGGGAUAGUUUUAUCACACAUAGAGCUUUCUGUGACGCAUUGGCAGAAGAGAGUACUAGAGCCGCCAUCGCCGGGAAUCACCUUUACCAGCCGCCGCCGCCGGCCGAUUUCAGCACAAACCACCACGACCUACCGGCAGCUAUGGCGUCGUACGCGAUAAAGAAAGAACAGCCCGGCGUGUACAGCGGCAGCCCCGGUUUCAACCUCCGCCCAGAGAUCCCACCGUGGCUACUGCCAUGUCCGGCCGGUCCUCCGCCGGAAAUCCCACCCUUUUUUCAAGAUUUCCAAAACCCUAACGCCGGCGGGCCCGCGUUUCCGGACUUCCAGCCCACGGCAAUCGGGUCGGCGCACUUCUCAGCGACCGCGCUGCUGCAGACGGCAGCGCAGAUGGGUGCGACCAUAGCCGGCUCGUGGAUGGGGCCCGCGCUCGUGGAAGGUGGGGCCCACGCGGAUCACGUGUCUACUGACCAGCUGCGGCAGAGCAGCCUGCUGCCUGAUCAUUUCGGUCUGAAUUUGUCUUCACGCAGAACCGCCGAGGAGCUUUCAGUCAAUGGCUGGGGCAGAGUUAGCGUGCCCGCAGGCGCACCCUCCGCUACCAGUGCACCCUCAGGCUCAGGCUCUUUCUUUCAAGACGUGAUGAACUGUUUCUCGUCCUCUGACAAUAAUAACAACACCCCGGCUUUUCAAGAUCCGGUGGGGUUCGGCGGCCGAGGCGGCGGUGCUGGUUUCUUGAUGGGUAACAGCCCCAAGAAAGAGGGCGGCGGCGGCGGCGGAGAUGGCUCCGGAGACGAAGUAACGAAGGAUUUCUUGGGUCUCAGACCACUGUCACGUAGUGAUAUAUUCAGCACAACUGAUCUAGUAGUUAAUACUUCGAGUGAUCAUCAUCAUCGUGAUCAUGAUCAUGAUCAUGGUCUUGGUCAAAGUCAAAGGCCAUGGCAGCAAACAUAAUUGCUAGCUAAGCUCUUCUACUUAAUUAUAAACAGUAUUUGAUUUGAUUAAUUAAUUAAUUAAUUACCCAAGAUGCACAUGAACAUAAGUUGUCUUAAAUUCCUGUCUUUGUCUCCUCCCUCUUUGAUUUGGUAUUAUGAUCGAAACCCUCGUACGUUUAUGUGUCAGCAACCCAACUUGCAUGCUGUCAGUG